UCUCAAUUGGUUAUCCUCCAUGAAGAAGCCCAGGAUGGAAACGCCAUGCCCGACCUAUCAAAUCCUGUCAUGGCGGUCAGUGCUGCUGUCCAGAACCUGGUCAAGGUUGGGAAGGACACUGCCAACAGCACAGACGACAAGAUCCUGAAGCAAGAGAUGCCUCCCGCCUUCACAGGUGUAGAAGAAUCAGCCAACAAGCUGGCCGAAGCGGCCAUGCAACUCAAGCAAGAUCCGUACUCCUCACCGGCCAGGAAAAAGCUGAUUGACGGGGCAAGAGGUAUUCUUGGUGGAACUUCUGAUCUCCUUCUCUGCUUCGACCAGUCUGAGGUCCGCAAGAUUGUCCGGGUGGCAAAAGGUGUCCUGGAAUACCUGGCAGUCUCUGAAGUGGUUGAAUGCCUGGAAGAUCUGGUGACAUUUGUAAAGAACUUGUCUCCCGGGAUGGCCAACAUGGCCAACAAAGUGACCUCAAGAAGCAAGGAACUGACCCACACUGCCCAUGCCAACGGACUGAUCAACCACACCGAGAACCUCAAGAGGACCACACCGAUCCUGGUUUCCUCUAUGAAGAUCUUUGUCGCUACACUCAAGAAAGGAGGAGCAGGACGGGAUGAGGCUCAGCAGAACCGCAACUUCAUCAUUGGAUGCAUGUCCCACGAUGUCAACGAGAUCAUCCGUAUCCUGCAGCUCACCUCUGCUGAUGACGAUGAACUGUCCCUGGAUGAUCUAGCAAUCAUGAAGAAGUCCUUGUUGAAUAUCACCAACCAGAUGACCAUGGCUCAAACUUGGUUGGCCAAUCCCGACGGUGAACCUGGUGGCUUAGGUGAGAAAGCAGUACGAGAUAUCCUGAGGGAUGCCAGGAGGGUAGCAGACCGCCUUGAGGGACCCCAAAGGGAACGUCUCCUUACAGCAAUCAAUGAAAUUGAGGCAAUGAUGAAUGAACUUUGUGACUUGAGGGCCAAAGGACAAGGUAAUUCCCCUCGUGCUCUGCAACUUUCGAGGCAGAUCGCGGAGAAACUAGACCACCUUCAUCGGAUGGUGGAUGGUUCUGUCAAGGAAGCCGUUAGGAGUGGGGUGACAAGGACUGCUUACACCCUUGCGGGUAAAGUGGAGCAGGCCCAGAAGUGGCUUAGGAACCCUGCCCAAGAUGACAAAGGACUGGGACGCAAAGCCAUUGCUGGUAUCGUUGCCCAGGGAAGGAAGGUGGCCCAGAACCUGACAGGCCCGGAACGAUCAGAACUCCUGAGGCUCUGUGAUGAAGUCGAAGGCCUCUCUCAACAAAUAACGGAUCUUGUGAACAGGGGACAAGGGAAUUCCCCAGCAUGUUUGGAGGCUGCAAGGAGACUUGCUGAGAAACUACCCGUUCUGCAGAAGGCUAUAGAGAAUGCCUUAGUGAGGGAGGUGGCCGAUGUUUUCAUGGACACGACAACACCACUCAAGGAGUUAGAAAGAGCAGCUAAGGCUCCUAUCAAUGUGCCCGACAGGCAACAGACCUACACCUCAAAGGCAACAAUCUUCUUGAAACAUGCCAACAAGGUGUCAGACACCGCCAAGCUUGUGGCUGAGGCUGGGGCCAGCAACGACAGGCUGCUGGUCGUAGAACUCAACAACAAAGCGCAGGAAGUGAGGGAUCUUGCCCCUCAGGUGGUGGCAGCUGGGAAGGUUCUUCUGCUCAACCCGGAUGAACAUAUUGCAGUAUCCCACUUUGAUGAGUUGAAGAAGGAAUAUGUGGGAAAAGUCGAGGCUUUGACCGACUUGGUAGACCAGGCUGUUGAUACUGUGGAAUUCGUCAAAGCAUCCGAGGAAGCGAUCAAGGCGGAGAGUGAAGAUGUAGAUAGGGCCAUCAAGCAGAACAACGCCCCUGUCAUCGCGGAGAAGGCAUCCAACAUCGCUAGGCGUGCCCAGCGGGUUGCCGUGGUCGCCUCCAAAGAAGCCGCCAAUUCAGAGGACCCCAAGUUCGUCCAUGACGUCAGCCAGGCAGCCAAUCAGCUUUCAGCAGAUAUACCAGCUUCUGUGAUAGCAGCUAAGACAGUUUCCCAAAACCCCAAUGACCGGAAUGGACAAGACCAUUGGUAUUCAGCAAAUAAACAGUUGAGGAAGUCAAUAGCAGCUGUGCGAAUCCCUCUCACGGUCGAAAUUCCUCUGGAGCAGUCCCUCCCACCACCACCUCCUCUUCCCCCCAUGGGAGCGAUGGAACAUUCUGCAGUGCCACAGAGAGGGCCGUCCUUUGAUCCAAUCCAAGCAUCGUCCGGCUACGCAACAGAGAGUGCACCAGCCGUGCCCCCUCCACCUCCAAGCUCCGCCUACGCCAACCAAGCCACACCCUCUUACCAGGAUUCUCUACCAAAUGCUUCUCAUCAAUCCUAUCAUCCUUUGAACCCUGUGACCUCUGACCUUCGACCCCAAGGUCAUCCUCUUCAUAUGACCUCUCCUUAUGACCCAACACUAACUUCCGACCCUAACACAAGUGGUCCUUCCUCUAACCAACCAAACUUUGUCUCGAGCUCCUCAAUAAGCUUGAACCCUCAGCCUCUGCACGACCCUGCCGUGACCUCUUCACCCCUCUAUGACCUCAGCAUGACCCCUGUUGACCUGGAGAAUGGUGAGCAGUCCGUGCCGCCCCCUCCCCCGCCCCCACCCCCAAAGGCCACCUCGGAACCUGCAGACUACCAGCCCUUAGGGAUAUCUCGCAAUUUUCCUCACGGCCACGGUUCUUCACCAAAGAGGGCUCCCUCUGCUCACGAUCCAGCAAGUCAACAUAAGGCUCCUUCAUUCACUAUUCCACAAGAGAUACAAGACGACUUGGACGCCGUGCUGAAAACGUUCCCAAAUUACCCUAGCACGCCAUCGGUAGAGACUCCUACUUAUGCCCCGCCCCCUGUGAGAUCGGCUCCGCCCACCACGCAUCCCAAGCCAAGACAGGUGCAAUCAGAUGUAGGAGAUGUACGCAAGGCGCUUACAGUCAACCAGGAGCCAGCUAUUCCACCACCACCCGAUAUGAGCAGACUCCAGCUUGAAGAGGCUGCCCCACCCAGGCCACCCCUCCCUGGUGAUGUACCCCCACCCCGCCCACCACCACCCGAGGAUCAGUCCCUACCGGUCCCAGAGCAAGGAUCUCACCAACCCAUUAUGCAAGCUGCUUAUGACCUCCAUGUUGAAACAGCACAGUGGUCAAGCAAGGACAACGAUCUCAUUGCCGCAGCUAAACGAAUGGCACAACUCAUGGCUGCCAUGAGCAAACAUGUCAGCGGUGAGAAAACGUCAAAGAAAGAAUUAAUCGAGAUCGCUAAGAAGAUCGCUCUGGCGUCGCUGGAAGUCGUCAGGCUUGCCGGAGAAAUCGCAGCUCAGUGUACUGAUAAACGCAUGAAAAACAACCUUCUUCAAGUCUGUGAGCGGAUCCCUACCAUCAGUACACAGCUCAAGAUCUUAUCAACAGUCAAAGCUGUCAUGCUUGGAUCACAAGAAUCCGAGGAGGACAUGGAAGCCACAGAGAUGCUGGUCGGCAAUGCCCAAAACCUGAUGAAAGCCGUCAAGGAAACAGUCAGAGCCGCCAAAGCUGCCUCCAUCAAGAUCAGAACGGAUGCAGGCUACAAGAUGAGAUGGGUCCGCCAAAGACCUUGGUACCAGUAGGUCCACCCAGGAAGAUGCCACUGCUUUGAUGUUCUCUAAGGCACCUUGUCUCGACCUUUCAUAAAUUGAUUUCGCCCAAGUCGAAGCCAUAUUCAGUUUAAAUGCAUCUCCUUAGUAAACUUUUUCCGAAGAUAAGAUGGGUUCGUCAACGACCUUGGUACCAGUUGGUCCAUCCAAGAAGAUGCCACUGCUUUAAUGUUCUGAAAGAUACCUUAUGUUGACCUUCCUUAAAUUGAUUUCGUGCAAGUCAAAGCAAUAUUAAGAUCAGAUUGUGUAAAAGCUUGUGUUAUGUCCCUCUCCUAAUUCGAAGUUCCUGGAAAAUGAAGUGGGUCCGUGAAAGACCUUGCUACCAGUCAGUAGGUCCAUCCUAGAAAAGGCUCUGCUGUAAUGUUCUUUAAUGUUACAUGUAGGUACCUUGCCAAAAGUCCAUGCCGCGUCUUUUAUCAAGCAUCCUUCUCUGAAGGCAGAAUGCAUCUUUUCAUAGUGGCUUUUUUGCAUUCUCUAUUGUGUUUUCUAUGGUGAAGUGUGAGAAUUGGUAAUGAAAUUGUGCUUGCAGGAGUCCAGCGCAAAAGACGCGGCUCCGACUUUUACAAGGUACGUCAAUGUUCUGUAAGGCAUCUUGCAUCUACCUUCCAUAAAUUGAAUUCGCCCCAGUGCUAUGUAAAAUCUUGUGUGAUAUCCCACCCCUAAGUCAAAUUCCUCAGAGGAUGAGAUGGUUAGAAGAUCUUCAAAGACCUGGGAUGAGUUUCAUGAAAGUUAUCAGUGCUGACAAUAUCAGUGAAAUCCUUUGUUUUGAUUGGUUGAGAUGCACUGGCCUCUGACUGUUACUUUAGUAAUUGUAGAAAAAAGUCAACUUGUCAGUGUUGACAACUUUCGUGAAACGGUCCCAAGGUGCAGCUAGGUUCUCCCAAGAAGAAGCCAUUGCUGCAAAUCUCACAGUGCCGAUGGCAGCAUUAGUUGCUCAAGAGACUUAAAAAUCUUGUAUCAAGCAUUACUCCACUUAGAUAGAUCAAUAUGGGGCCCUUUGCAGAAAGAGUUGCAUUCAGAUGCAAGUCUUAACCCUAAUAAGACUGGGAGGAGGGGGGGGGGGCUGAUUCAGCCAAACUUAAUUUGUUUACAAAUCCAAUGCAAAUACUGUUCUGAGCCAAAAUUCAUGAAUGUAUCAUUAUUUUUCCUUUUACUGAUUUACUCUGAUUAUUUGAGUGAUGAAAGGGAUGGCUGAUAAAACAUGACAUUUUAUACAUAUACAUAUAUUUUCCAUUGCAGCACUUGAACAAAUCUUGCUCAAAAAAUGUAUUAGUUUACAAAUCCAAUGCAAAUACUGUUUUUAGCCAAAAUUCUUAAUUAUAUCAUUAUUUAUCCUUUUACUGAUUUACUCUGAUUAUUUGAGUGAUGAAUAGGAUGGCUGAUAAAACAUGACAUUUUAUACAUAUACAUAUAUUUUCCAUUGCAGCACUUGAACAAAUCAUCUAUUGGCUAGGGUUUGGAUCCCAUAUGCCUAUACAGUUUGCAUUUGGUAUAUGUUACUGUUUUUUCUGCUUUGCAUUUAAAAAAAAAAUUACAAGACAGUUCUAGAAAGAUAUUAGUUGCUCAUGCAAUUUCAAAAUUGAGAAUCAUACAGAUGUGCUUGUAAAUGGAGGAACAAAAUAUGUGAACACAUUUUUCAAUUUUUAUACAUUUGUAUUUAUAUGUGUUGUUUUUGUCAACGAAAAAUAAGUGCUCUCUUAUGGCGUGUUUAGACAUAGUGCAACAACGUUCAGCAGCAUUUUUGACACAUCCCCUUACUGAUGCCGAACAAUGCCCAUUACAGACUUGAACUCUAAAAUGUGGGGGUGUAGUGGUUCUGACACUUGCCUUUCAAUCAGAGGGUCAUGGGUUUGAUUCCCAGCCAUGGCAUGUUUUCAUUCAGAAAGAAAUUUACCCACAUUGUGCUAUGAAGCCUGAAAAGCCUGGAAAAUUGCCAGGGUCUGAAUUCAGGCGAAAAUCUAAAGACUGGCAUCUCUCUGUAGAAAUACAUGUAUGAAUAUUACUAACAUGGUCAUGUGCCAUGCUUCAAAAGGAUCUGUUUACAUUAGUAUAUCCUUCAGGUGAUGGGAAAUUAUGUUUUCUUAUAAACCAAGUGUGGACGGUGUUCAAUAGUCUUCCGUAUAUAGAAUCGUUUUUCUUUGUUUUUUUUUAUGGUAAACGGUUUAUAACUUGUGUAUGUUUUGAAUGAGUUACGUAAUAUUUUGCUUUCUUUGUUCUAAUGGGAAGUGGUUCGUAACAUGUGUAUGUUUUGAAUAAGUAAUGUAAUAUUUUGUAUUUUCUUGCUAAAUUGUAACAAAAUAAUGAGAAUAGAUUGGUGCUUUCUGUAGGUCUUAAUUUAUGUUGGACAGCAAUGAAUUAUGGGUAAAUAAUUCAAUUAGUAAAAUAAGGACAGUGGGAUGUAGGAAAUAGGUUGGUAUAAAGUAAAUAGUAAAGAUAAUGAAACGAUGUUUAAUAAUGAUGUGAAUUAUAGUUAUGUAAUUUUAUCUUGUGUAUGAUAAUAAUAAUAUCGGUGAUCAGGAUUAUAAACUUGUGAAAGCAGGAAUAUAUUUAGAAGGCUGAGUUUGAGUAUACUGCCCAUUGAGAAAUCUGAUAGAUUAUCCGUCAUUGAAAAUUCAUUAUGAUUAUCAUGAACAGCAUUCUUGUUUCUUUUAUUGUUAACUUUGAAUGGAUAACACUCGUGAAAUUUGAAAAUAACAGUGUUUGUUAGAUAAAGAAGAAAAGGCAGAUUUCAAAGACAUUUUUCUCUUUGAUGAUGCAUGCAUCAUGCAAAUGUUUUGUCAUUGUAAAAUCAAUAUGCUUUUUUAAAAAUAUCAAACCAUGUUUUCAGACAAUAAUUUUGUUUGUCUAAUAUUUUGUAGAAACGUUUGUAGCUUCACGAGGAGAGAGAAACAAAUAUAUAUUUUCUUAUUGAUUAUACAUGACAACUUUAGAAGAGUUAUGCCUGUUGGAUUUAUUUCUUAAACUGUUCUUUUUUAUGUAGUGAAAUUCUUAAGCGGUAGAUGAGCUUUGGUAGUUUCUUUUUCAAUCAUCGUUUUUCUGUACCCGUGUGAUUAUAUUGGUAUUAAGAAUGCAUGUAUAUGUCCAAAUUAUUUAAUGAUAGAUUAUAGUGUGCAGUAUUUAUUUAGCUUCAAAAAGAUAUAUUUAAUAUAAUUAGAUGGAUGAAAUCCAGGUCAGCUCUCGCACAUGGCUACAAUUGUAGCUCAGCUAAAACUGCUAUUUAAAGUAUAUUCAACAAGUUUGUUACAAACUAUUUUGCCUUGCAUGAAUGCUUAGAAAUGUGUUAAGUCAAUCUCCUAUUUAGAAUAUGAGAUAUAUAUUCUAUCUACUAGUAUUUUCUUUUGUAUUGGGUAAGUCUUUUCAUAGACCUAUAUCCUGCAAAGGUAAAUCCUGUUUUUAUACAUCUCUAAAACCUGUAUGCUUUCUUUUUAAGCCGGUAAGAAAUAUAUCCCUAUAGCAGACAAUGUCCGAAUUUAUAGAAAAAAAGAGCAAUAAAAAGGUGGUACAUUUGUGUACAAAGUGUGAACAAGCAGUGUAAUUUUAACAGUAGGAAUGUAUUAAUAUGCACAUAUUACACUUUGCCAAUGUGACUUUUGAUUUUUUUCUCGUUUCGAAGAACCAUUUUGGCAUUGACUAAUUUGAGUAUGCAAUUCAUUGAAAAUGAUAAUUCUUGUCAUAUUCAACAAAUAAAGUCUCAAGUCCUUUCA